AUGAUGCCAAUGUACAACAACUCGUCACAACCAGGCCAGACGAGACCACAAGGACACUAUCACCACCAAGGGUUUGGGAACCAUCCUGUGCCAUGUGAGCAUUGUCCUACUCCAUCACCGUGCUAUGGGAGCUGCAUCCAUAGCAACUUUCCUCCUGUGUACAACAAUGCUUACUGGCCUCCUUGCUAUCCCCCACAAGUACCGUAUCAUCCUUGCUGCAUGAACCAUCCCGGGUUCCAGCCUCAUGCGUCUCAUGCUACUCCAUUUCACGCUCCUCCGUUUUAUGCUCAUCAGCCAUUUCCAGGUUGUUAUCGACCUAAGUAUGAUUCUGAGAAGGAUGUGUCUGGGAAGCAUCAGUGUGCGAAUUUUUCUCCCCAGAUGUGUUACCCGAAGAAUGACAGAGGCGUUGUGAUUGAAGAGCAUGAGCCGGAGACCGAGAGAGGAAACCAAGGAGAGGCUGUACUUCCUGUUCGUCAGCCCGCCUGUCCGUACCCGAUUCUGUGGAUUCCUCAUGAGAAUGCUAGGACUCAGGAGCAUGGAGGUUCUAUUGGGCCAGGGAGCCAUGACAAGCCUACUGCUGAUGUUAAGGCUCCUGAGAAUAUGAAGGUACAGAAAAGUGAUCCCAAGUUUCGGAAUGGCUUUUUUCCAUUUGACGAGAGCACCAUGAAGUCCUUGAUUCAGAAUCAAGACAGGCAAAGGUUGCAGAAUGGGAGAAACAAGGAAGGCCCAUUUGAUUUCAGCAAGCUGAAAUCGUUAUUGCAGGGUCUAGAUGGCAAGGAAGCGAAGAUCCAGAAGAUCUGCGGAGGAGAAAAGUUCCCUGAGGAAUAUCCCUUGCCUACCAAAAGGAUUGCAAAGAGCGAGCCAGUGGAGAACACAAAGAAAGAGCAGCCUUCGUCUGCACCAAAGUCAUCCAGGUUGCCUCCUGUCUGUCUGCGUGUUGAUCCAUUGCCAAAGAGGAAAAAUGGGGGCUCCAAAUCGCUAAACCCUAAGGUCGCAUCCCCGCUGAGCUCCAAAAAGGCUGAAUCAAGGAAUGUUCCUGAGGCUCGUAAUGCUAAAUGUGAAGAAGCUAGCAAAGAGGUGAAGAUCUCCAAUGGAAGCUUAAAUGCAACAGGAACAGAAAGAGAAUCAGUUGAAAGCAAUUCUAAUCUGCAAGGAGGAGCAAACUGUGAGGUUUUUAGGCCCUGUGAGAGUACGGGGAUCAGAGAAAAGCCUGUAAAGAAGACUUUAACAGAAGAGGAAGCUGCCAGGAUUAUCCAAUCUAGAUACCGUGGAUAUGAUGUGAGAAGAUGGGAGCCAUUAAAGAAAUUGAAGGAAAUAGCUACUGUCCACGAGCAGAUGGGGGAUGUUACAAGGCGUGUUAAGGCGGUAGAAGAUUGUAUUUCUACCGAUCAACACAUUGAAGAAAAGGAGAUCAUAAUUUUGGGAGAAAUGGUGAUGCACCUUCUGUUAAAACUAGAUUCUGUCCAGGGCUUGCAUCCUAGUAUCCGAGAGCAUAGAAAAUCCUUGGCUAGAGAGCUCUCAGACAUUGAGGAUAAGCUUGACUCCUUGAGGAACAAGAGCAGCGAGGAGAAGGAGGCUGUAGAGGAACAAGUGAAAGUUACCUCUGAGACUAGUGAUUGUCCAGUGAACUCCCACAAUCAGCUUGAAGAAGAGAACGAAAUGGUAUCUGACUCGAAUACAGAGAAAACUCUUCCUCCUUCUCCCGAGGAACAGCCAACUCUUCUCAUGAAUCUAGCAGAUGAACAGCUGGUGGCAGAAGCAGAAGAAGGAACUAGAUUGUCUGAGACCUUAGCGACAGAUCUUAAGCCAGCUAGUGAAGCGAGCAUGUGUGAGGUGGUUGCUACUUCAACAACCAUACCAGAGAAAACUGGAGAGGUUGAGGCCGUUCUACCAAUCAAUAAGUUAGCAGCUGAUGGAAAUGAAGACACAAUGAUGAAGCCUGAGGAAGACAAAGUUAUGGUCGAGGAGACUCGUGGACCAGGUUUUGAAGGCUCGGAAAAUGCCACCGGAGUCUCUGAAGAUGUGGCCAACAGGUCUGAGAGUGAAGAGGAAAAGGGAGACAGUGGUACUGAAUUACCUUCGGAGAAAGUUGUGGAGCUUUACGAGCCACCUGUAGAAGUGACUGACGGUGAAACGCAGCUUCUUUCACAAGAUUUACCAUCGUGUACUAGUGAAACGGAAACGACUGCAAUGGACCCUGAAACAGCGAGCCAGGAGGAGACUAACGUUGACAACUCGUGCGAUCACUCCAAAGGCAUAGGCGAAGAGACUUCUGAUGAGCCACAAGAAGAGAAAGCGCAGUCUCCAGAGUCAGAAGUCAUUGUGAAAGAACAGCUUCCAGAGGCAGAAGUCAUUGUGAAAGAACAGCCUCAAGAGACAGAAGUCAUUGUGAAAGAAGAGCCUUCAGAGACAGUAGUCAUUGAACAUGAAGUAUCAGAAGAAACCAAAAAGCUGAUAGAAGAGAACAAACGGUUCAAGGAAACGAUGGAGACGUUGGUAAAAGCAGGCAAAGAACAACUGGAAGUCAUAUCGGAAUUAACGGGCCGGGUCAAAAUGCUAGAGAAGAGUUUGUCACAGAAGAAGAGGACUCAAAAUGGACGCCGCAAGCUUAACCGUAGAAAGCACGCAACCAAACUUAUGUCUGAGAGUGAAACUGAAGCCGUAUUGUAG